GGACUCAAGACUUUGAAGACUUUACUAGUUUUACUUUAUAUUGUGUUCAUUUGUUGUAAAGUUGUGUUUUAUCAAACUGCACACAGAAAACUGGGGGACAGGUAGUAUUAUCCCAUCAUAGGAGUACUGUUAUUUUCUUUCAUAAUCUUGAUUGUUCAGUGUAAAAAAUGUCAGAAAAUAAUGAAAAAUGACAAUUACUUUUCCCUGAAGCCCAAGUGAACAUAUUCAGAUGACUUGUUUUGUCUGACCAACAGUUAGUCAGAAAACUGGGAAAACUAGCAAAUAUUCACAUUUGAGAAGCAGCUAAUGGAGAAUUUUUGACAUUUUUUGCUUGAAAUUUAAUUGAAUGUUUAAUCACUUAUCAAAAUGUUUACCUAUUCAUUUUCUAUCAAUCGAUUCAUCAAUUAUUUCAGCUCUGGAGUCCUACCAGGUACAGGGGGGUCAGUAGGGGCCCAACAACAUUGUUUUUCCUGGGGUCCCAUAGCAGGUUUGUUCAGCCAUGAUUUUGCUGAACUGUCUCUGACAAUUUUCUUCAAAAUCUCAAACGAUCUUGCCAUUAAUUCCACAUUUUACACAUAAAUCUAUGCAGAGCUGCCGGAUAUGUUUGUUUAGGAUGAAAAGUGAUCUGACAGCUCUCAACUUCAAACUGCAUUACAGAGUACAGUACAUGUCGAUUAGCUGCAGCCUGGCGGUAGUAGUUGGUGAUGAAUGAAAGAUGGUAAAUCUGAAAUAAGUAUUUAACCGCAGAAUUGGAAACGUCUUCACUGGGCAAACUUAACAGUCAAAAUUAUAUUUAAAUUUCAGGUGUAAGCUGUUGUUGACUAAUUUGUGGUCAUAACUCAGACAUGUCAUUUUAUUAAACAACUUUAUUACUGUAGACAAAACUGCUUCCCAAAAAUAAUUUCCUUUUUAAGCGUAAAUAACAUCCAAGCUUUUUCUUUUUGAAAUUAGUGGGAGAAAUAUUUACCAUUUAAUGUCACUGUUUCCCUUUUCCAUGAGUGGCCCAGGAGUGGGUUAUUACUGCAUAUCAUUUAUGACAUGAACAUUAUUUAUUAACAUUAUUAACUUUAUCUAUAACAUUAUCAGUAGUUCUGUGCACAGAUAAGAUGUGUUAUAUUACUAAGAUUGAAACUUAAAGAUACAGCGGUGUGGUUGAACAUGAAAGAAUCUGUGAACAUUGUGAAUGUUAUUUCAUUCUCUACUGUCCUUUAUAUCAUGAUUUAUGACAAAUAUUAUUUCAAAAAGUUCAUGUUCCAGAUUUAGGUGUAGGUUAACGAUAUUUUUGCAUUUUCUGAAUAUAUUUUAAAGCAUGGACUAGGAGGAGAAAAAUGACUUAUGAUAGAUUCAAGUUCUUUUCUCUAUAUUGAUUACAGGCUAUGAGCUGGAUCAUAUUAAUAGUGUUUGAUAUUAAUGGAUGCAUAUGUGGACUGUUUUGUUUUGUUUAAUCUCCAGUGCUGGAUAUCUCCUGGGAUAUUUGUAUGCAGGCUGUUCAUAUCUGGAUGAUGUUAAUGUGUUGUGCUGUUCGAUGCUGAUGAGUCAUUUACAGAAAAACCUGGAAUGGGGGAGGAGAUACAGUUAAUGAGAAAGCGGAUGACACACCGUGUGUGAAAGAGCUUCACAUUCAUUCAUUUGUGAAGAAAGAAGACUCGUCCUGUGCAGUUCGUCGGGUGAGUCCAAAAUUAAAUUGAUGGUAGGAAUAUAUCUAAUAAUUGUUACCACUUUAUAGUAAGGGUAUAGGAAUUAUCAUGAAUUUACACACAAAUUAAUUCAUGUAAUACCUCAUGAGCUAUCAGGAAUUAAAAGUAUCGUGUGGUCCUGGUCUUAAAGAGGAACUCUGUGUCAAAAUCUAGUUUUCAGACUUUAAUAGUUUUAGUUUAUAUUGAGCUCAUUUGUUGUAAAGUUGUGUUGUAUUAAACUGCAAAGAGAAGACUGAGGGCAAGGUAGAAUUAUUGCAUCAUAGCACUGUAAGGCUACAAACAACUAUUAUUUUCAUUAUCAAUAAGUCUGACAAUUAUUUUCUUAAUUAUUUUAAGGAAAAGUACACGCUUGAGAAGUUGAAACCAGCAAAUUACUGGCAUUUUUAAGUUAGAAAGUGACAAAAAUAAUUAUUCAAUUAUCAAAAUAGCUGCUGAUUAAUAUUUGCAGGCUCUAAUUGUUGCAGCUCCACCAAGUUGUAAAGUGACACUAUAAAUGCAGUCCAUUUACCAUUUAAAUAAACUGGAAAUACUUAUGGUAGAUUUUAAUUUUAUAUGCUCUACUUUGUUUCAGGUUAUGUGGGAGCAAAUAAAAACACUAAAGCACAAAGAAGAUGAGAGUUGAUGAACAGUUUUUAAAAAUCUUGUAGUAUUCUAAGGGAAACAGGAUGGGACGUCAAAAAAGGAGAAUUAAGUGUUUGUUCUGUUCAGCUGGGGAUGAAGAAGGAGCAUCAGAAAAAGAAGAAGAAAACACUUCAGAGGAGAAGGAGAAUGAGUCAGAUGAACGCAGUGAAGAACUACAGUGGAUGAAUGACACUUCACACACAGAAGACACAGAAGUCGUAGUGAUUAGUGCUCAUGGUGACAUACGGGUAGGGUCUAGCCUUAAAACUAGAUCAUAUAUAAGAACAAAAAGAAAAACAUCUUGUUUCAGCGGGGCGGCCAGAGUGAUCAGGAAUGCUCUGUCCUCUGCUUUAAAUUACAAAUCUUCCCCCAGAAGAGUCAGUCAGUCAAGCACACUAUCGCGCCCCCCUGUGGCUACUGCAGCAUGUGCAUCUUCUUUUCUCCCCCAUCCGCCUCCUCAAAUUGCUCAUCUUCAACAUGACAAAUCUUUCAGGCAGUCUCUCCCAGGAGACCCUAAUCUGUCCCAGGAGACUUCUUUUAUACAUGAAGCCCUGGUGGAAAUGACAGCACCUGUUAUAGCUGAGUCUGUCCCUGAGACCCUGCCAACCCAUUCUCACCUCAGUCCUGAUUGGAGUAGACGAGACUUCAGCUGCUUGCCUUGUUCUCACAGCGUGCCCUCACUCAGUCAAAUAACCUCUACAAAGAACAAGAACUUAACUCGAGCAAAGAGCUUACCUGACAUGUUGUUAAAAGACAGCUUUGAGGAGUUUACACCUGAUGUUACUGUUGAUGAAAAUGAGGAAACCUACAGGUUCCACUGCUCCCGUCCAGGCCUGUACCAGUGCAGUGUGACAAGUCUGGUGUUUCACAUGGAGGGAGAAGGGGACGUGGUUUACAGGAUUGUCUCUUGGAACUGCAGACUACUGGCCCAACAUCACAAGAAGCCUGCAGGACCCCUGUUUGACAUCAAAUGUCUGCAGCAGUCUGUGUGUCAGCUUCAUCUCCCACACUGUGAGAUCCGCUCCACAGGUGGAUGUGAAUUCUUGUCAGUUGCUCAUGUGGAUGAUGAGGGCAUCGAGUUUAUUACUCCUCAUAAGAUAACAGAAACUCAUGUCAUUAUAAACAUCACAGGGUUUUCUGGUUUCGGUAAUGUCAAGGAUGAAGACUCUCCUCCUAAACCGGUCCGAGCACUGGUGCUGCUGUUCUACAGACCCCCGACUGAUCCUGAUCCAGAAUCUCUCCUCAAUGUGUUGUUGCUACCAAGGAACGUCGUGCUGCGUGAUGUGAAGCGCAUGAGGAACGAAUCAGCUGAUGGGAGGUUCAUCGAGUGGUACAUCGACAUAUGUCCCAACUGUACACUGUUCCCAAAGCAUAAGUACAGACUGUCCACUAGUCCUGAAGACGACUCAGUUCUAGUUCAACCAACAGUAGCAGAAUUUGAUGAGGAGUACUACAUCGACUACUUCCCAUCAUUCCAGGUGAAAUUAAAAACAAUCAUGAAAAAUAUUCAACUUUUUUUAAAAGAUAAGAACAGCUCCUGCUGUGUCUGGGAAAGCCAGGUUUCUCUUCAGUCCACUGGAGUAACAAAGCCCCAAGGACAGUGUGCUCGGAGUCUCCUUUCAAACGAGAGGCUGAAGAACAUAUGGACCAGCUUCAUUGAUGGGAUAUCAGGACCUGUUCUCAAAAGUCUGCUGGACAAGAUGUUUGAGAAAAAGGUGAUAACUGACUCUGAGAGAGAGUUAGCGGAUGAGAUGCAAAACAAAAGAGACAAGGCUCGUUUUGUCAUCGACACGGUGACGAAGAAAGGUGAAGCUGCGAGUUCAGAGAUGAUUGAGUUUCUCUGUGAGGAAGACCCCUUCCUCUGUAAACAUCUUGGGUUGAUGUGAAGCACAAUGAAGAGGCGGGAAAUACACUUUAUGUUGACCUGGUGGUUAGAAACUGAUCGUCCUGUAACUGAUGUGGAAGCAAAUAACUGUAUUACGUUUCCUUGUGUGCAUUAAGCUCAGAGGAUUUAUUAUAAUGUUCUGUAUACUGUAAGUAAUGUAUGAUUUUUUAGAAGAUCCUGGUUAUUUAUUUUCAGUAGUUGUCUCACCCUGAUGAGGGAAAAGAAAAAGAACCUGCCAAACCCUUUAUUUAAGCCUGUAACAGUCAACAGCCAGGAGGUGGAGCAAUUGAGCUCCUUCAAAUAUUUUGGGACUGUUUUGGAUCAAACCUUCACCUUUUCUGAGCAUGUGGGAUCAUAUUUACUAAAAAUCACAAGAAAUACUCUUUCUUUAGUGCAAACUGAGGAGUUUUGAAGUUAGUCAGCACAUCUUAAACAGAGUGUAUCAAUCCCUAAUAGAGAGUGUUCUUACAUUCAACAUUGUGUCCUGGUUUGAAUACCCGACUGUCAAAAACAAGGCCAAACUUUUCAGAAUAGUCAAACUUGGCAGUGUAAUAGUAUAAAAAUAAUAUAAUAAUAACUAUAAUUAGUCGUUAGUUUAUCACCAUGACAAAGCAGAUGAACAAAUGACAGACAAAAUCUUGGAGGAUUCAUACCAUUGCUUGAAUCAUCACUUUCAGCUCCUAUGGCAAGCUGUUUUAACAUUUAAUAGCUAGACUGGAUAUAUGUUGCAAAUAUCCGUAAUUCAAUUCUUUCCAGUCAAAACGAACAUUUUAUAUAUCCACAAUGACAUUCUUCCUAAGACAAAUGAUGUCACUUUUGCCAUUAAUGUGUAUUGGGCUUUUAAUUUCACAUAUUCACAAUUGCAGUUUUGAUACCUAGAAUGAACAUUCUGGAUAUCUGCAAUAGAAUUAUUACUGGGAAAAACUCCCAUUUCUACAGUCCAGUUGUUAAUAGCCAUAACUUUAAUUUCAUGUAUCCAAGUGAAAAACCAUUCCAGAUAUCCAUAAUGUAAUUUAGGAUAUUCAAAAAUACAUUAAGACUAGUAAAAAUGUCCUUAUGGAUAUCCACAAUUUGUAUUAUGACUAGUAAUAAUGCAAUUUCAGAUAUCUACAAUUAGAAUUGUGACUAGAAAUAAUGCAAUUGCAGAUAUCCACAAAUGCAUUGUGGAUAUCUGUUGACAGGUAGAUAUGAUGCCAUUUCAACAUAACAGGGGUUAAUUAACUAUCCACAGUUAUAUUUAAGAUCUCUAUAACAGCGUUUCUCUUAGUCAAAAUUACAUUCUUAUUAGCCAGACUGGCAAUAACAGACAUCCACACUAACAUUGUUACGAGUAAAAUUGUAUUUCAAGAUAUCUAAAACUUUAUUUCUCCUUGUCAAAAUUCAGCUAAAGAUAUGUUUAAAUCCUUAAAAAGUAUAAGUGGCCGUUUUAACAUUUAAUAGCUAGACUGGAUAUAUUUUGCAGAUAUCUGUAAUUAAAUUCUUCUCAGUCAAAAUGAACAUUUCAGAUAACUACAACGACAUUCUUCCAAAGACAAAUGAUGUCACUUUUGCCAUUUAAGUCUUAAAUUGAAUUUUGAUCUUCAUAAUGCAUUUACAAUGUAAAUGCCUGACUGUUGUUUUAAGACACACCUGAAGAAUUACGAACCUUUCCUUUAAAACGGUUGUUGACAAUUACAGAGUUGGUUUUAAGAGAUUUGACAUACUGUGCAUUGACAAUACAGCACUAAAUCCAUUAAAAGUGUUUAAACAUCUUGAACAAAGAACACUGGCUGACUUGAGGUGUUCCUGGUUGUUUGGUGUUCAGGCACUUCAGUAUUAAGCUCCAGGUUGGACAUAACUUAGAAAAAUGUUUUAAGGAGUUGGAUAUAUGGGAGCAUUCAUAAUUACAUCUUUGAUGUUGACAUGAACGCUAUUUACAAGUUUUACACUGGUUAUUACAAACUUUUUUAAAUUUGCUUUUUUCUUAUUACAAACUAGUCUAUGACAUGAAUGCAGCCAUGACAUCACAUCAUUUUUCCAGUUUUGAUACUCGUUUGUUUGUUUUUUUGUCAAACUUUAUUAAAGUUUAAUUUGAAAACAAUCAUGGUAUAUUUUCAUCUCAGAAAAAGAAUAACAACAUGUGUCAUGUUAUUUUAACAUGACAAUAGUACAUACAUGUAAACAUAUGGGAGCAAUGUAGAAAAAAAUAAAUAAGAAUACAAAUAAUUUGUGUAAUAUAAAGCAAAUGAAACAUAAUAAAUGGUUUCUGUCAAGUAUUGUGAAAUAAAGUGUAAAGAUUUCUGGUUUCUCAUUCUUCUUUGUUUUUAGGGACUUAAUGUAUAACUUAAACUUGGUAAAAAAUAAAAAAAAUAAAAAUCUAGCCUAAUUUAGUUUAACAUAAUGAUGCAUUGCAGCACAGUUAUUUUUUUAUUGAGAAGAAACACCAAAUAUUUAUUUCACUUCUGAUAUCUCUUGAAAAAUGAAGAGUAAAUGAUGGAACUACUAUAAUUUUUACUUAAUUUAUUCCUAUGAUAUCAUUACUACAUACAAGUGUUGAAAUACUGUUUCAAGAAUUUUGUCAAUAACAUGUUUCUUCCCUCCGAUGUAGAAAGACGUAGAGGUGCCGUUUAAAGCUAGAAAUAUAUAAUAUAUUUAUUUCCAAGGCAAAAUUAAUGGAUUACCAGACAACAGCUUGUUUACUAGCUAUGUCUUGAAUAAUUGAUAAAUAAUGUGUUUAUUAUACAUUUUAGGUCCCUGUUAGCUGACACCUUAAUGACACUGAAGUCUUUCAGCAGACUGAGAGCAACAUUAUAAUCAUUUAUUUGGACUCAUGUUUGUGUCCACCUGAUGAAUGUGAGUCCGAAAUUCACAGGAGUCUCCACAAAUUCUUGAGAAAAUAUCAGACUCUUUAGCUGCUAAAUGUUCCAAUUUCUUCACCAGAGAGAGCACAGUGACCAACGAACCAAAACAGUACAUGUGUCAUAAAAACAAAACUAAACAAUAAAUCUCUGAGUCUGACACAAGUGAACCGUUUGACAUUCCACAUAGUCAUUAACUUAGUGUUAAUAUCAAGAAUAUUGAUUAAUGCACCUUUUGAAUUAAACACUUUAAAGUCAUGUGUCCAUAUUUACUGCUGAUUCUUUUCAACAGUAAAAAAAAAACAGUAUAGUACAUAUGAUGAGAUAUUUUUAUCAAGUGAAAGUAAAAUCUGAUAACAAAUUCUUAACUUGACUUAUAUAAUGAAUAUUUGGAAAUAUCCUCAUUGGAUCCCAUUUCUUAAACAUACAUUAAAAAACUAAUAUAGCUCAAGGUAAGAUUCUAUCACAAUCAUGUGCAUUGAUCUUUUUCUCCUCAAAUGAAACUUUGACAUAUUAACACAUUUAAUAAACGUUUACAGAUACACUGACCAUAUUGUUCCUCACUUAGACCUCAGCUUUUCUCAAAGACAC